CAUCUACGACGGUCAACGAUGAAGGAAGAAAAACAAGACCAGAAGAUGGAAGAAGAGAUGAUGCAGCAGCUCAGGUCCAAAGCUACAGAGCUCCUCCUAAGAGAGGAAUGGAUCGAAUCCAUCAAACUCUACUCUCAUUAUCUAUCUCUCUGUCAAGAACAGCUCUUGAUUUUCCAUGAGAUGUCUGGCACAGAGCAGGUCUCUAAGCUCCACAAGUCCCUUUGUUUGGCCUUCUCUAAUAGAGCGGAGGCGCGAACACGACUGGGGUAUCUCUCCGACGCGUUGGAGGAUUGCGACCGGGCACUGGAGAUAGAACCAACCCAUUCCAAGACACUUCUCUGCAAAGGCAAAAUCUUGCUCGUUCUCAAUCGGUACUCGAUGGCUUCAGAUUGCUUCAAGCGAGUGGCUUCUGUCGAGCUUCAGAUCGGUGGGAACUGCGAAACUGUUCAUGAAUAUCUGGAUCGAUGCAAGAAACUUGAGUUUCAGUCAAGGACAGGGGUUCUCGAUCUGUCGGAGUGGGUCCUGAGUGGGUUUCGAGGAAAACCUCCGGAACUCGCAGAAUACAUAGGUGCAAUUCAGAUAAAGAAAUCAGAGCACAGCGGCCGCGGGUUAUUUGCCACGAAGGAUAUCGAGGCUGGGACCUUGUUGCUGGUCACUAAAGCAGUGGCCACGGGCAGGGGUAUCUUGCCUAAACCCGGCGAAGAUUCGAGUGACAGUGCUCGAUUGGUUAUGUGGAAGGACUUGGUAGAUAAAGUUCUCGAUGCUGCAUCAAAAUGCAGCAAAACCCACCACCUGAUUCGUAAUUUGUCGAGAGGAGAAGACGAAGAUGGCCUUGAAAUUCCGGUCAUUAGUUUCUUUAAGCCUGAUGGAACUGACGAGAGCUUAUUUUCGAAGGAGAAGCCCAAUGUGGGUAGCAUCGUUAACAUCUUGGAUGUGAAUUCUCUGACCGAGGACGCCAUUUCAGCCAAAGUUCUUGGAAAGAACAGCGAUUACUACGGGGUUGGGCUAUGGAUAUUGGCUUCCUUCAUCAAUCAUUCUUGCAACCCAAAUGCGAGACGCUUGCACAUCGGGGAUCACGUGGUAAUCCAUGCUUCCAGAGACGUCAAAGCAGGGGAAGAGAUCACAUCUGCUUAUUUCGAUGUACUUGUACCAUUAAACAAGCGCAGGGAGAUGUCUAAAACAUGGGGUUUUCAUUGUAGAUGCAGGAGGUGCAAGUUUGAGGAAGAGAUCAACUGUAGAGGAGAGAUAAGAGAGUUUGAGGCAGCCGCUGAGAGAGGCUUAGAUAUGGGUGCUGUUGUUGUCGGAUUGGAAGAGAACAUGAGGAGAUGGAUGGUGAAGGGGAAGGAGAAGGGGUACUUGAGGGCAUCCUUUUGGGCUGCAUUUUCGGGUGCUUUCAGAUCAGACAAGUCAAUGAGGAGGUGGGGUAUAAGGAUUCCAGCAAUGGAGGCUGUGGUAGAGAGUGUGGCAGAGGCAGUAGGUGCUGACGAGAGGAUCUUGAGGGUGGUGGUGGAAGGGUUGAAGAGAAAUGGUGGAGGUGGAAUAGUCCAGAUGGAGAGAGCACUUAAGUUGGGAAGAGGGGUUUACGGGAGAGUGCUGAAGAAACAAGCAAUGAAAGCUUUUCUUGAGCUUAGCAGAAUUCAUGAUUGAACCUGUUAGGAAUUUACGAUACUGUAAUUUCUCUUCCUUGAGAGAUUAUUACACUAAUAUUCUUUCUGCUUAGAGAUUAUUCACAUGGCUUUGUUAAUAAAACUCAGUCACGUAUUUAUUGUCAAAGACCCUUCUUUUUGGUA